ACAUUCGACUCGAGGUACCUCUCGUAGGUCACCUGAAACAAGUACGGAUAGUGGAAGCAGAAUACCCAUCCCCAAUUCCACUUCUGCCGGGUUCGGUAGCAUACCCCUCUCAUUCCAGAAUCCUCCGCGUGUGCUCCCUACAGUGGCAGGCUCCAAGGCUUGGUGGGGUAUCGUGGCAGGCGCUCGAGCGAUGAAUAGUGGAGUUGACACUUUGAGUCGCCUUCUGGCGCCGAGGGAUACGCCUGACCCCACACAUCCCGUGUGGGACACCCCUGCGCUGCAUUCAGACCGGAGUCCACCCCGGUCGCGCCGCAAACCUACUCUACAACAAGAGCCCACUCGGGACGGCACAGCCGAGAGUGGUGGCAGUAUCGCUGAUAGGGUGGCUCCAAUAUCUCAUGGAAGA